UCCAAAGCAACUUGGAAUAACAGUGGAGAGGAGAGAGAAUAAAACUCCAGAUUACCAUCACUCUCUCCCAAAGGAAACCCUAAUUACUAUCUGCCACCAUCAAAACCCUCCAUUCACUCAUUAACUAAUAAUCUCCGGCCACCGCAAUCCGCCGCAAACCUAAUUGCAUGGCUCAGCUCAUGCGAGGCGAACAGGAGCCGGUAUCGCCGCAGCCGGAGGAAGCUACUUCGCCCGGUUCCUCCUCCGCCUCGAAGGAGACCUAUCACGAGGACUCCGACGGAAAUCACAGCAAUGUCGGUCACCCCAAGAAGCCAGCUUGGAGCAAGCCCUUGAACGGCGUUGUCUCGGUCGGUGGUCCCGUGAUGGGCGACGCCGUUUCGUGGCCCGCUCUCUCUGAGGCCACCAAGGCUCCCUCUAAAUCGACCCCUGAUUUUUCAAACCCUAGCGAAUCGGUCCCCGCCUCUCAGGCGAAGACUGAUUCCUCGAAUUCAAGUCACAAUCAGAAGAAACAUUCUAAUACUAACUCAAACCCUAAUUCGACUACUAAUCCUAAAUCACCCCGACAAAGGUCGUCGAAGCGUGGCGGGGGAACUAGGCCCGGACCGGUGCAGAAUGGCUUUAUUCGCGCCCCACUGCCGCCGCCACCACCAAUGCCAUUGCCGCCGCCGCCACCACCGAUGUUCCCUUUAUUUGAAAUACCUUACGGUGCACUACCCCCAGUGCCUGAUUAUUUCCCCUACAAUGGGAGUAACUGGGAAGGUAUGCCAAUGGGAGGUUUCGUGCCUCCAUCGAAUUCGGUGAGUUAUCAGUCCUCACCGCGGAAUUCAUCUCGGAGGGGAAACUUUGGAGGUCAUCAUAAUGGUAGGAAUGCAUCCAGAAGUUCCAAUGUUAGAGACGUACGUGUACCACAGCAGAUAGCUCCCCCCAGGGGUUUCCUAAGACCGGCACCACCACCACCACCCCCUCCCGGUUCCAUCCCCUUCCUUAGGCCCCAUUCUGUCGGACCUUUUGGAUUCCCCAUGGGUUUCGAUAUGCCAUUCCCAUUUGUGUAUGUUCCGACACCGCCUCUGGAGUCCUUCAAUGAAGUGCCAUUUACUGCUCAAGCACCUCCAAUGCCACCUUUGCCUUCCACUGUUCUAGAUGAUACUAUGCGUGCUUCAUUAGUCAAUCAGAUUGACUAUUACUUCUGCGAUGAUAAUUUGUCUAGAGACGACUUCUUAAGGUCUAAGAUGGAUGAAGAGGGUUGGGUUCCCAUUAGCUUAAUUGCUGGCUUUCCUAAAGUUCAGCAAUGGACAAAAGACAUCGAAUUGAUAUUCGAUUCCUUGAAAGCUUCAUCAGUUGUGGAAGUACAGCCCUACAAGGUAAGGAGGCGUGACGAGUGGAAGAAAUGGGUAUGCACACCUAGCCGGUUUGCCGCUGGCUCAGGCUUUCAGUCCACUAUGGGAUCAACUGAGAAAACAAUUACAUCUUCUUUGCUUAAGGUCACAUUGGAUGAAGCAGCUGCUAACGAAAGCAGUAUUAUGAGUGAGGCAGAUUCUUCCACAAAGGUAGUUCCCCGUACGAGUAAAUCUGAGGAGUUUACCGGCCACUCAAACUUGGCCAAUGGAGAGACUAUGAUUGAAGCAUGUUCAAGCCAUAUAUGAAAUAUCAUUGUGUCCAAGGCUUGUGCACCAUUUUCUUAGGUGAUUAUUGGAUUCGAAGGAGGGAGGGGGACCGUCAUGAAAAAGCUUUAGGAUGAUAAUUAUUGGGUUUCUCCCUGAUGAGUCAAUAUUUGGCAGUUUGGAGGAAAUUAACGUGAGUAUAUGCAACUUCUGCAACUUUGUAAGGUAGAAAAAGAAAAAGCAAAAGAAAA